CCAGAGGACACAGAGGCACAUCAUUUUUUUUUUCAGAUUACCGGUCUCAUGCAUUACAGUCAGGAUAUAUUGACCAUUUUAUAAAAAUAACUCUUUUAAAUCAUAUAUCUGUGGACUCCAGCUUUAACAGAGUGAGGGGAAAAAAAAGUUAAAUCUGUGAAUAUUAUGUAUAUCAUAGAGAAUAACCUAUAAAGCAGACCGGAUUAAUGUCGCUGCUAAGGCAAUGAUAAAUUCCUAGAAAGCUAUCUGUCACACACACACUGUAUUGACUGACUGUGUUUGUUUCUCUGCAUUGAAGCGGCGCGUUCCGGAGAGGCGGGGUUAGAAACCGGGGCUCGGAUCAGAUCAGGUCGGGAGGGAGGGAGGAGGGAGGGAGGAGGGAGGGAGGUGCAAAAGAGACAAAAAGGCAGAGAGAGAAAAAGAGAGAGAGAGAGAGAGAGAGAAUCGGUCCCCGGUUUGAAAGCCGGUAAUUAGUGACGUGCCUUUUCCUCAACGAGGAGAGCAGUCGCUGCUGGAGGAGAGGAGGAGAGCAGCCUGGUGGAGGAUGAUGAUGAUCAGCCUCGGCUCCUCCGUCUAACGAUGAGGAGGAGAGGAGAGGACGGACGACAGAAAGCCUUCUGCCGCAGAGGAAACCCAGAUUAAAAAGGCUGAUCUGACAAACACAGCUCUCUACCGGCAUCCCCUCCGGUGCGUCACCUAUCCUGCGACUCCCCCACCCACCUCGACCACCCAUCACCAUCAUCAGGUUGGUGGUGGUGGUGUAUCAGGGUGGAGCUGGCUGGACGCACAAGGACAGAACAUCUUGGUUGUGAAUGCGUCUUUCUAGAUGAUCUCUGAUAGAUAUCUCUCCGUCAUCACCACCGGGUUCCCUGUUUAGCGGAUGAGCGCACCCCGGAGGAAAGGGAGCUCCAGUGACCGGAGGAGGGGUUGGAUUCUCCCCGGCUGGUGACCUCCUGCUCCGGGGGACAGAUCCUCCAUCCAUCACCCCCUCUGGAAGUCACCUCUCCUCCAGGAACCCCCCGAUGCUACCGGCGGCCCCUGAUGCUCGACAGUGCUCCCGGGCUUUCCGGUCGGUGGGAGAGGCUCGAGCCGCGGCCGCGCGCUAGGAUGCUGCGCCAGGUGUUGCACGCGGGCCUGAGGACCUCGUUCCACGCGCUCGGCCGGUUCGUCGCGAGCCACCCUGUGUUCUUCGCCUCGGCGCCCGUGCUCAUCUCCAUCCUGCUGGGCGCGAGCUUCAGCCGGUACCGCGUGGAGGACGACGUGGAGAGCCUGCUCGCGCCCAAGCACAGCCUGGCGAAGAUCGAGGGAAACCUCGUGGACAGCCUGUUCCCGGUGAACCGGUCCAAGCACGCGCUCUACUCAGACCUGCAGACACCAGGACGCUACGGGCGCGUGAUCGUCACCUGCCGAAAGGGGAGCGUGCUGGACCCGGUUCACCUGGACACCAUAUUAAAGCUCCACAAGCGGAUCUACCAGAUGCAGGUGACAGUCCCGGCCACAGGCAUCAACAGCUUCAACUACUCCUUCUCCUACCUCUGUCUCCCCGACGACAAGAACGUCUGCAUCAUCGACGACAUCAUCCGUGCCAUGGAGGAGAUCCAGUCGGCUCGCAACACCAACCGCUCCGUCCCGAUCCUGCGGUACCCGAUCACGCAGCUGGCGGACGGACGGCAGGCGUACAUCGGCCACCAGCUGGGCGGCGUGCAGGGCUGGGGUCCCAAUGGGGCAGUGCGAGGCCAGGGGACGGGAGCCAGGGGAGAAGGCGUACGUUCAGCCAGGGCGUUGCAGCUCACCUACUACCUCCAAGCCCGCGGCGGCCUCAUGGACCGGGUGGCCAGCCAGUGGGAAAAGGCCUUCUGUGCUGAGCUGCAGCACUUUGCAGCGUUGCACCCUAAGCUGGGGCUGUACCCUUCUACUUCCUCUUCUCUGAGGACAGACUUCCAGUUCUCCUCUGUGCUGGCUCACCGCCCCCUGUUGGCCAGCUUGGGGGCGUGCGGUGUGCUGGCCGUCCUCUGCUGCUCUAUGAGGGACUGUGUGAGGUCUAAACCCUGGUUGGGACUGCUGGCUCUGCUAUCUAUCACACUGUCGGGCCUCACUGCUGCUGGGAUACUCAACCUGACCGGGACAACCUACAACUCUACGUACCUGGGCAUCCCUUUCGUCAUGCUUGGUCAUGGGCUCUUCGGUUCCUUUGAGAUGCUGUCGUCAUGGAGGCGAACCCGGGAGGACCAGCAUGUGAAGGAGCGCGUGGCGAGCGUCUUCGAGGACGUCAUGCUGCGUUUCUCCGCCUCCACCAUGCUCCACCUGAUGACUCUGGGCCUGGCCGCCUCGCCGCUCACCAACAUGGAGGCCGUCCGGCUCUUCUGCCGCACCGCCGCCCUGGCGGUCACCAUCGGCUAUGUUUACAUGCUGUCCUUCUACAGUUCCUGUCUGGUGUUCACGGGAUACUUAGAGACUGGGUACAGACACGGCUGCUUCUGCCGGCGGGUCCCCAAACCGGACCGUCUGGACUCUAAACCGGCCUGGUACAGGUGUCUCAUGUACACCCGCUACCAAGACGAGGCUCAAACUACCAACCCGCCACACGGGGUCGAUCACAGUCACGGUCCUGAUCACGCUCACACGCCGAACUCUAACCUCACUCACACACAUGCGCACACGCACCCGCACACGCACCCGCACACGCACCCGCACACGGCGAACAACCCUGCCGAGCACGAACACGGUCAUGAACAUGUGGCUAACUCCACACACGCACAUGAACAUCCACACGCACAUGAACAUCCAAACGCACAUGAACAUCCACACGCACACGCACAUCCACACCCACACCCACACCCACACCCACACCCACAUUCCACAUCGAGCACGGACCCUAAUCCUCAGGACUCUCACCUUUUGCUGGGGUGUGUGAGGCGUUGCUAUGGAGACUGGAUCACUAACACCUAUGUCAAACCCUUUGUGGUUCUGCUGUAUCUGGUUUACAUCUCCUUUGGAUUGAUGGGCUUCCUGCAGGUGACCCAGGGUUCAGACCCCAGUGCACUGGUUGCCAUGGAUACAGCGACAGUAUUGUACACCCGUGCCCAGCAGCGUUACUUCAGCUCGUACUCCCCCGUCAUUGGAUUUUACAUUUAUGAAAGCGCCCCCUACUGGAACGCCUCGGUGCAGCGGGACCUGCUGGAGUACGCCAAAGGCUUCCAGCGAAUCAGCUGGCUGGAAGCGUACCUGAACUACCUGUCGGAUCGCAACCAGUCCACCAGCCAGCCGCGGGAAAACUUCACCCACACGCUCCGACACUCCUUCCUCCGAGAGCCGCAGUACGCCCACUUCGCCGACGACAUCAUAUUUGCGGAGCGCGGUCAGGGCGAAGAGCCCGAUGUGGCGGCGUCCCGAAUCUUCCUGGUGGCCAAGACGACGGAGAACAAGCGCGAAGAGAUGUCAGUACUGCUGGACACGCUGCGGCGCCUGUCGCUGACCUCGCGCGUCCGCUUCCUCAUCUUCAACCCUUCCUUCGUCUACCUGGACCGCUACGCCGCGGCGGUCAGCUCCCCCCUCAGACACUCACUGCUGGCGGUGCUCUUCCUGUUGGGUCUGUCCUCGCUGGCCGUCGUGGAGCCGCUGGUGUCCGUGUGGCUGGGCCUCACCCUGCUCUCUGUCCAGUUCGGGGUGCUGGGCUUCAUGACCUUAUGGGGUGUGGAGCUGGACUGCAUGUCUGUGUUGUGUCUGAUCUCGGCCUUGGGGCACUCUGCGGACUGCAGCGGCCCCCUCCUCUGCGGUUUUGCCUCGGGUCGGGGCGACAGCAGGACUCGCUGGGUGAGAGUGGCGCUGGAGAGACACGGGGUUCCCUCCCUACAGACGCUCAUCUGCUACAGCGCCGCCCUGGUGCCCGUUAGCACCGUACGCUCCAACCUCACACGCACACUGUUUCGCUGCCUCACCCUCACGGCCGCCUGCUCGGCCCUGCACACGCUCGCGUUCCUGCCCACCCUCCUCACCUUCCUGCCCCCCUCCAAGACCCGGGGUAACCGGCCUGACGGGGAGGGGCAGAGGCAGGAGGUGGAGUGCGUCGAAAUGAACGACAGCACUCGAGUGGUCGACCAGAUCACCACCGUCUGAGCAUGGGAUGAUGUUGUUUUUUGCCCCCUUGGUUGCCAUGGUGACUGCCGGCUGGGAAUUGCUUCAUUGUAGUCUGACCAGUCGCUAUGCUUCUGCAGACAUGAAUGGCGAUCCUUGUGAAAAGAAAAGUGUCACCGAGAGAAAGAUAAGAUGAAAAAUAGAGGUAAAGGGUCAAGAGGAAACAGUAAAGGAGAGUAGGAGGCUACUGAAGAAAAGAAAGAGGGGUUUCCAAUGCAGUGUAUCCAUGGUUACCUGCUUGUUGCUAGUUGCUGUGUGGCAUGUGAAUGAGCUCUUUCCCAAACAGCCAAUCCGAAGUCGAGGAUCAGCUGAGGUCAGGCCUGUCAGGCUGUGACGGGUUAUUACACAGGAAGUGCCACAUUUUUUCACGUGUCCAAAAGUUGCUUUAGAUCUGAUCACACUGUUUGGCUACUGCUAUCUGUUCGCCAUAUCAAGUUGCACAAAUACAGCUACAAUGACAUGAGGCAAUCAUCUGUAUGACUCGAGUAUUUCUACUUUAAUGCCGAACAAAUAAAGUCAAAUCAAGAAAAA